UUCUAAUUUGCAGAAGAUGUCCAGAGAAAGCCGUGCUAAAAAUACAAAUGAAAAAGGUAUUUCAAAAGCAGAUCAGAAAUACCUUAGGAAGUAUUACGAAACCUACAGAGGCUCCCCAAGAUCAGCUGAUGAUUCACAGACUUUUUCCUCUCACUGCUACAGAAAAAUAGCAAAGGAUGCUAAAAUUUGCAGUUCUUUUUUCAAAGCAAAAGAAAUAAAAGAUGCUUUGUCUUCACCAAAGUUUUGGCUCACAAAAUUGGAGCUCAUAGCUAAGGUCUCAGAUCAAAUCGAACUAUGGUAUAAAGAACAGACUUUAAAGGAUAAGCAUGAACACACCUCAUCUAACCAUGAAGAUUCUCUAAUGGGCGAUUCUCAUGAUAGCCAAGAAGGUGCAAAGAGACCCUCCAGAUCGGAUCAUAAUAGAGAUGUUUCAAUGACUGCUGGGCCAGAAAGAUCCCCUCAAAGUAUUAAAAACCACUCAGCUGGGUCUCGAUCUCAUGAUAAUGAAGAUACUAAAAAAUCAUAUCGUGCAGAAUCAAACUCUAUUCCUGACUCCAAUAACGAGGUUAUAAAUCAUGACUCUCAACAACAAAAUCGUUAUCUUUCAGGUGAAUAUGAUGAGAAUAAUAAUUUCAGAAAUGAUGGAGACUUACAAGGUGAACUCUCCCAAGAAUCCUCCAUCAAAGAUGGCCUUAACUAUAAUCCUUUCGAUAAUGAAGAAGACUGUAAACUUCCUGAAGAGGAACCCCUCUUGGAUGAAUCUAAACUCAGGUUUGAACAUCCAGGAUUUAAGAAUAGGGGCAAUAAUUGAUUCAUGAUAGCUAUAGUACAGAUGCUCAUCUCUAUUCCUGAGUUCGUGCAGUAUUUUGCCGAUAAUAUCCCAAAAGAAGGCUAUAGAAAUCAAUCAUAUUUGAAAGAAUAUCAGUUUUCUGAGCAAACUCGGAAACUCAUUAAAAAAGUAUUCUAUGAAAAUCCAGAGUAUGCAGAGGUAAAUACACUAAGGAGACUAUCAAGAAAGGAAUUCCCUCUCUAUCGUCAGCAUGAUGCAUGCAAAUAUAUGCUGCAUUUGUUUGAAAACUUACAGAAUGAACUCAACCCUUAUGCUACUCACUUUGUGUCCUCAGGGCAUGAGGAUUAUGCUGCUGCUUGGAUAGAAUAUUCAAAGACUCAUGACUCCCUCAUUGACAAACUCUUUGUAGGAAUGUAUGAGACAGUCAUUUUAUGUAACAGAUGCUCUGAAGAAACAAGAACUUAUGAAGAAUUCAUAAACAUUCCUCUGGCAAUAGAAACCGAUGAAAGAGGAGCCAAGUCCCUUGAGUUUUUUGAAAAUCAAAAAGAAGUCGUUUCUUGUGAAUGCCAUUGCUCAAAGUGAGAGGAUAAUACUCUUUGAGUAAUCUAUAAAAGAAUAUGCAAGGCUCCAAAAUUUCUUCUGCUUUCCAUUCAAAGGUUCGAUCAGGCUACUUUGCAAAAAGUUGGUGAUGAGUUGUUCUACCCUACAGAUUUUAAAUUAGAGCUUCCUGGUAACAAAAAGACUGCUUAUGACUUAAAAACUGUAAUCUGCCAUUCUGGUUCACUGAACGAUGGCCACUACUUCGCUUACUGCAAAAGAAAGAAUGAAUGGAGAUGCUACAAUGACGAAUACGUGUUAGAAUCAGAUAUCAACGAAGCUGUCAACGAAGAUGCCUACAUGUUGGUUUAUAAAGUACAGGAUAAUUAAUUACUCAAUUGUUGAAUCUUG